AUGAGAGGUACCCACCAAUUAAUAACUCAAUUUGAACUCAAUGGAUAUACUCUUCCUUUGAUGGAAAAGAAUAUGUGCAUUACAUUUUUGAAAGAUCUGCUCCAAUAAAAUCCAAUUGACAUGGACUUUAUACUUGCGAAUACUAAGCCAUCUGCCAAAGAACUGGAAUUGCUAACCUUAUAAUCAAACAUUCUAUAAUUAAUAAAGGAGGACAAAGAUCUAUCGAUUUCGUCUCCCAGAUUUGAUUAUUCUUAAUUAGAUAGUAUAAUCCCUAAGAAGAAUAGAAAUAAAAUAAAUGAAAUUAAAACAAAAGUUGAAACUCUUCUAAAUAGUAAUAAUAUUGACCCUCCUUUGACUAUUAAGAAGAGGUACUAAUGAUAUUAAUUGGAUAGAUGGUGGACAGAAGAAGAAGAUUAAUAACUGAAAGAAUUAGUCACUCAACAUGGUGCCAAAAAUUGGAAGAAAAUAGCAUCAUAUUUUGAAGAAAGGACAGAUGUCUAAUGUUUACAUAGAUGGCAAAAGGUUCUUAAUCCUGAUCUUGUUAAAGGUCCUUGGACAUAAGAAGAAGAUGAACUAUUAGUUAAAUUAGUAACCAAUUGUGGGCCAAAAAAUUGGAGUUAAAUUGCUAAGCAUUUACCUGGCAGAAUAGGUAAAUAAUGUAGAGAGAGGUAUUUAGUUUAGAAUUAAUGUAGGUUCCAUAAUCAUCUAGAUCCAAAAAUCAAUAAAGAAAGAUGGACUGAUGAAGAAGAUUAAACCAUAAUCGAGGCACAUAAAAAACUAGGAAACAGAUGGUCAUUAAUAGCAGGUUUAUUGAAAGGAAGAACUGACAAUUCAAUCAAAAAUCAUUGGAACAGUACUUUAAAAAGAAGAUUGAAGAUGUAAAAUAGAUGGGAAGAUUUAUAAGUCUUACCUAGAUAGGAUGAGACUCAAAUUAAAGGAGUACCAAGAAGAUAAGUUUAGAGGAGAAUUAUGUAUUACAAAACUCCAGAAAAACUGGUUAAAAGAGAUCCAGUCUCAAGGCAGUUGAACUUCUUGACUCCAUACUCAAAUAGUACCCCAAGUAAUAAUAAUACAUAUAUAUAUAGAAUCUGAAGCUAUUCCUAAGAAUCUUAGUAUAGUAUAUCCAAAUUUAUCUGCCAAUGGUUCAGAAAUUAUGUAAAAUUAUUAAUAGAUUUUUAGAGAUUCAUGUUAACUUUUAUUCAAAUAAUUAAGUGAAUUAACAAAUACGGAUCUUGAUUUCAAUAAAUAAUAUAGUUACAAAUGA